UCACCAGUCAUACCACCACACAAAAGUAGGUUGAUUGCACUGAAACCCCCAACGCGUCUUUGACGUGUCGGCCAUAAUUUUUGCAUCAACUUCCUAAACGGAAAAGAAAAUUCUCGCCGGAUAUCUAAUUGCCAAAAGUAUUAUUUUUAAAACAGAAAGAAAUGGCUGAUAGUGAUGAUGAGUACGACCGCAAACGCCGCGAUAAGUUCAGAGGUGAACGCGCCGAGGCGACUUACAGGGGGGCUGAACGGGUAGCAAGGCCCAGAGACGACUGGUCUGAACGUGAUUCUUGGUCACGACCUAGGCCUCGGGAGUACCGACCAGGGGUGAGAGACAGGGGAUACUCGCCGAGUCUUGAUCCAGCCCCCAAGAGGUUGCGCCAUGAUUACUAUGCUGAUAGCUAUUAUAACCAUUACUCGCCCUAUCAUCAGAGCUCCCACAGAGCUGGUAAUUUCUUCAGAGAACCUGCACCAUCAUCCCAGGGUGAGGGUCAGCAACCACCAAUGAUGUCAUUUAAAGCAUUCCUUGCCACCCAAGAUGAUAACAUUUCCGAUAGUGAAGCUAUCGAAAAAUACAAUGACUACAAAUUGGAGUUCCAGCGACAGCAACUUAACGAAUUUUUUGUUGCCCAUAAAGACGAUGAAUGGUUCCGUUUGAAGUACCAUCCUGAAGAUUCAGUAAAGCGAAAAGAAGAACAAAUGACAGCAUUGAAGAAAAGAGUUGAGGUGUUCUUGGACUUGAUGAACAACGGGAAAAUUGCAGUUUCAGUUGAUUGUUCAAAAACAAAUGACUUACUUAAAUUGUUAGAUACUGUCGUUAUUAAACUCGAAGGUGGCACUGAGGAAGACCUAGCCGUUUUGGAGCAGGAGUAUACCGAAUUAGAAGAGAAAAUCAAAGAGAAAAGUAAGGAAGAAAUUGCAGAAAAACCAAACGACGAGUGUACAAAGAAAGAACAACCUCCAGAAAAGCCAAAGCCUGAUGAAACUGAAGCAAAAGAAAACGGUGAAACAACUGCAGAAGAUGGUGAAAUAGAACAAGAGAAGAAGGAGGAGGAACAGCCAUCUCUUGACGAAAACAAAGAGCCUGAAAAAAUGGAAGUGGAGGAAGAGAAGAAAGAUCCAGAGAACGCCGAGCUGCCGGUGAAGGAAAACGAACCUGAAGAAGGCGAAGAAGUGAAGAAGGAGUCAAAAGAGAAGAAACGCAAGCGUUCUUCGUAUUCGGGAAGUAGCAGCGGUUCGUCGAGCAGCAGCAGCGACAGUGAAGAUGACAAAGAGAAAAAAGACAAGAAGAAAGAAGACGAGGACGAAGAAACCGAGAAAGACAAACCGAAAGAAGAAGUGAAGGAGCACAUCGAAACUGUUGAAGACGACAAGCCAGAAAAACCGAAAUCGUUACACAAGACUACGUCAAUUUUUUUGCGUAAUUUAGCGCCGACUAUUACAAAGCAGGAAGUUGAGGCGGUUUGCGGCCGGUAUGAAGGUUUUUUGCGUGUGGCUUUGGCCGACCCCCAGCCAGAACGUCGGUGGUUGCGGCGCGGUUGGGUCACAUUUAAACGAGACGCGAAUAUUAAAGAGAUCUGUUGGAAUUUGAAUAAUAUUAGGUUGAGGGAUUGCGAAUUGGGUGCGAUUGUUAAUCGGGAUUUGAGUCGGAGGAUCCGACCUGUUAACGGAAUUACGGCCCAUAAACAAGUCGUACGGUCGGACAUACGAAUAUCGGCGAAAGUAGCGCUGCAUCUUGAUAAUAAAGUCGGACUUUGGUUAGAUGAAGAGAAAAAAGAUAAGCCCCAACAGACGUUCGGGUUGGUGUCGAAUAAUCCCGUUUUGCACAAUAUUACUGAUUAUCUGAUCGAAGAGGCGAGUGCCGAGGAGGAGGAACUUUUGGGGUUGGAACCGACGGCGGAAACGCAAGAUUCGGCCACUACGGUGGAAAGAGACGAACAUCUUAUCUCAGUUUUGGAUCGAAUUAUUUUGUAUUUGCGUAUUGUUCACUCUGUUGAUUAUUAUAAUCACUGCGAAUAUCCCAACGAAGAUGAGAUGCCAAAUAGGUGCGGUAUUUUGCACGCGAGGGGACCUCCACCUACUACGAAAACUGAUAUGACGCAAUUUAUUGGGACUCCUAUCGAAACAAAAAUGGCUAGUUUUCUUCCAGAAAAACCUCGCGAUGAAAAUAAAAACGAAACGAAAUUAAUCAAUUUGUCUCUUAAAGACGUUGAUACUGAAAUUGAUAAGUUUGUUCAAGCAAAUACAAGAGAGUUGGCCAAGGACAAGUGGUUGUGUCCAUUGUCGGGCAAAAAAUUCAAGGGUCCUGAUUUUGUUCGGAAGCACAUCUUUAAUAAGCACGCAGAGAAAAUCGAAGAAGUAAAGAAGGAAGUCGAAUUUUUCAAUAACUAUUUACGAGAUCCUAAAAGACCGAUGUUAGCGGAGGCUCCUCAGCCGAAGCGUGAAGAACCACCUUCUUACAACCAUCCAUCGUAUGGAAGUUCGUUUGGUGGGUAUGGUCGRUUGCCACCAUACUAUAAUCAAGGGUAUUCUCAACGUUCUAGAGGUUAUACACCAAGAUCGAGGGGUGGAGCUGGUGAUUAUAGGCCGGUCAUUCACUAUCGAGAUCUUGAUGCUCCAAGGGAACCUGAAGAGUUUAUUUAAAUCUUUAAUUUAUGUUUUAUAAGAUGUAGGACUAAGAAUAUUUAGAAUUACAUUUUAUUUUGAUAGUAAAUCUAAGUUUGUAAAGGUACCGUCAUUACACUAUCAAUAAACUGUUCGUAUUUUUA